UUUACAUUUCUCUUUAACUUUUGAAUCAGUUUUGUAUAUUUUCGUCUCUGUUUUUUCUUUUUUUUUUCUUCUACCCGACAACACUUCAUUGGGCAGGAAAAUCUUUUAAGCUUCACUCUCCAAUUCAUUACUCUACCUCUUGGACAACUCAACUAACAAGCAAUAGACAAUCAUGGUUGAGCGAAAGGAAGUUGCCAUCCCGGUUCCUGCUGCAGACAAUUCCUCCAUGGAGGAGGACAAGCCUUUGAAAAAGCCUCCAAGGGAGCUUAAGGAUGCACCCAUCAAGGAAGAAUUGUCGGAAGAGGAUCAGGAACUUAAGGACCAGCUUGAGAUGUUGGUCCAGAGGCUAAAGGAACCCGACACAAAGCUUUACAAUCCAUCUCUUGAAACCCUUCGCACUUUGAUCCUCACCUCGACCAGCUCUAUGACCUCUGUCCCUAAACCCCUAAAGUACUUGCGUCCUCUUUAUCACGACAUGGUUGCCAUUCAUGACUCCUGGCCAGAUAAUGCAGACAAAAAGUUUUUGGCCGACAUUCUCUCAAUCUUGGCUAUGACUUACGAUGAUGAUAAGCUGGAUACUCUCAAGUAUCGCAAGUUGGGCUCUCAAAAUGCUAUUGGAUCAUGGGGUCAUGAAUAUGUUAGGCACUUGUCCACAGAGAUUGGGCUGGAGUAUGAAAGGCGUCAGGAAACUGAAGCUGAUACAUCAGACCUUAUCGAGCUUGCAUUAGAGGUUGCACCAUUCUUCUUGGCCCACAAUGCUGAGGCUGAUGCUGUGGAUCUGUUAAUGCAACUGGACAUUAUGCCUAAGCUUGUCUCCUUUGUAGACAAGAACUCAUAUAAACGUGUUUGUCUCUACAUCAACAGCUGCGUAAACUAUUUGGAAUCGCCAGAUGAUAUUAUUUGUUUACGUACUGCUCACGACAUUUAUAUGAAACAUCGCAAGCAUGCAGAAGCUUUGCUAGUCGCUAUUCGUAUGUCAGAUAAGGAACUCAUUCGUAGCAUUUUCGAUAACUGCCAAGAUCCUUUAUUGAAGAAGCAGCUCGCUUUCAUGCUUGCAAGGCAGCAGCUAUCUGUGGAAACUGAGGAUGAGGACCUUCAAAACUGCAUCAAUAAUGCGGACUUGAGCAAACACUUCCUCAAUCUUGCACGUGAACUUGAUUUAAUGGAACCAAAGACACCCGAAGACAUUUACAAAUCUCACUUGGAACAUAAACGCUCUGCUGGCGUAGCUCAGGUCGAUUCCGCACGGCAAAAUCUGGCGUCGACCUUUGUCAAUGCAUUCGUCAAUGCAGGAUUUGGAGUGGAUAAACUCAUGCUAACAGAGGAAGAAGAUGGUGGCUGGAUUUUUAAGAACAAAGAUCACGGCAUGCUUAGCGCUUCUGCUUCUCUGGGUAUGAUCUUGCUUUGGGAUGUUGAUGCAGGUCUUAAUCAAAUCGACAAGUACAUCUACUCUGAGGAUGAAAACAUUAGAUCGGGAGCCUUGCUUGCUAUAGGUAUUGUCAAUUCCGGUGUCCGCAAUUUGGCUGACCCUGCAUUGGCAGUCUUGUCCGAGUAUCUCGAAGAUUCUAAAUCAAUUACCAAUCGCGUUGCCGCCAUCCAAGGUCUCGGGCUUGCUUACGCUGGCUCUGCCCGUGAAGAGUUGUCAGAGCUACUUCUGCCCAUUGUCAGCAACUCUAAUCUUGCCAUGGAAUUAUCAUCUUUUGCAGCCCUGGCACUGGGUCAAAUCUUUGUCGGUACUUGUGAUGGCGAGAUCACUAGCACUAUUUUGCAGACAAUGCUCGAGCGCGCAGAUGGUCAGCUCGGAGAGACCUUCAGUCGCUUCAUGGGACUUGGUCUCGGUUUGCUUCACUUGGGCAGCCGCAACCGAUGCGAUGUGACGCUGGAGACCUUGAAGGCGAUUGAACAUCCCAUUGGCAAGAGAACAAGCGUCAUUGUCGAAAUUGCUGCGUAUGCUGGCUCUGGUGACGUCCUUCACAUCCAGCGUAUGCUGCACUACUGCAACGACCAUAUUGAUACUGAGAGUGGUGGCGAUGACGAAUUCCAGGCGUAUGCUGUCAUUGGUAUUGCUCUGAUUGCAAUCGGCGAAGAUAUUGGCGCAGAGAUGGCUCUCCGAUCCUUUACGCAUUUAAUGCAUUAUGGCGAGCCUGUUAUCCGGAAGGCUGUUCCAUUGGCUAUUGGCCUCCUCUGUGCUUCCAACCCUGUGCUCUCAGUCUUGGAUACUCUCGGAAAGUACUCACAUGAUACUGAUAUUGAAGUUGCGUUGAACUCGAUCUUCGCUAUGGGUAUGGUGGGUGCAGGAACCAAUAAUGCUCGUGUGGCCCAAAUGCUUCGCCACCUCGCAUCUUACUACCAUAAGGAUGCUAGCUGUCUCUUUGUUGUCCGCAUCGCACAGGGGUUGCUACAUAUGGGCAAGGGAACAUUGACUAUCAAUCCACUCAACACUGAUCGCCAGAUCCUAUCGCCUGUGGCUCUGGCUGGUCUCUUGACGACGUUAUUUGCAUUUAUAGAUGUCAAAACUCUAAUUUUGGGUCGUCAUCACUACCUGCUCUAUUCAUUAGUUACGGCCAUGUACCCACGUUUCUUGAUCACCCUGAACGAAGAGUUAGAAAGCGAGGCUGUGACAGUCCGUGUGGGACAAGCUGUAGAUGUGGUCGGUCAAGCAGGAAGACCCAAAACCAUUACAGGUUUUCAAACACAUUCAACACCUGUCCUUUUGGCAUAUUCAGAGCGUGCCGAGCUCUCAACAGAAGAAUACUUGGCUCAGGCUCCUGUGCUGGAGGGUUUUGUAUUGUUAAAGAAGAAUCCAGACUAUGUAGAGGAAACAAAGGCAUAGAGGUUGAUCUUGAAGUAUAUCUUUUUUUGUAUUAAGAAAAAAAGUC